AUGAAGCAUCUGGAACAUGAGACCCGCCUGCGAGGAGGCUGCCCAGCAGACUGGGUGUGUGGAUUGUACCUCCAAUGUCUGGCAGUCUGA